AUGUAUGAAUUGAUGGCUAGUAAUGGUUUGUUUAUGGAGAUUUUUCCACCAAAAGAAAAAGUUUCUCUGUCAAGACGCUUGUUUAUUCAAGUAGCAGUGGGGAAUGCCGUGUCCUCAACGCGUAAGGACACAACCUGGCUGGCUACUGGAAGUAUCGUAAUGGUCAAUGGGUCACCUGGGAAUGAUGGUUCCUGGCAACCGGCUACCAACUCUUCCAAAUCUCGUCCUUUUACUUACCAGAUUUAUUUUUUGUACUCUCUUUUGGAUUGCUUAAGCAAACCAGUACCUAUUUUAACAACAUUUUGCAGGCAGGAGCCUGGUGCAGGUGCUACCUCUUCUGAAGGAUUACUGCAGCCUGGUGCAGGUCCUAGCUCUUCUGGAGAAUUACUGCAGCCUUGUGCACGAGCUAGCUCUUCUGGAGGAUUACUGCAGCCUGUUGUAGGUCUUUGCUCUUCUGAAGGAUUACUGCAGCCUGGUGCAGGUGCUACCUCUUCUGAAGGAUUACUGCAGCCUGGUGCAGGUCCUAGCUCGGCUGGAGGAUUACUGCAGCCUUGUGCAGGAGCUAGCUCUUCUGGAGGAUUACUGCAGCCUGUUGCAGGUCCUUGCUCUUCUGGAGGAUUACUGCAGCCUGUUGGAAGUCCUAGCUCUUCUGGAGGAUUACUGCAUCCUGUUUUGCGGAGGCAUUAUGCACCUGAAGCAGAUGUAUGGAGUGCAGAUACUAUUUUGUACAUGCUGUUACAUGGUGUGCCACCUUCUUGGGCAGGUAACCGUCUUGGUGCUCAUGCAUUGUUGAGAGAUCAACUCGCAAAGCGAUGGGACUCUGGUGGAUUCAAGCGUAUGAAAUGGAAAAUGACUGAAGCCGCAUGA